AUGAUUAUAUUUAAAUGUAACAGUAGCAUGAAAAGAUUCUUUCAGCGUGCACAACUAAAAGAACACAAUGAUGGAAAGAGGAUACAAGAAAACAAACAUUUUAGAAUCGGAACGACCAAGGAAAAAGAAAUAAAAUGCGAAGAAGACAGCAAAGAAGAUGAAGAGUUAUUGACGUCGCAAAGGAAUGUGAUGCCUGGACUAUGUACCAUUUGUCACCUUGCUCUUGGAAACAUAAAUUCUAAUCUAAAUCAAAAUGUUCCUUGUUCUAAGGGACAUACUUUGUGCCAAUGCUGUAUCCAACAUUUUUCACUUCAAUCAGACCCAGGCUGCAUUCUUUGUCAUGUACAGUAUCAACAAUCGUGUAUAAAUUUAUCACGAGAAAGUAAUGUCAGUUUAAAUUCCACAUACGCGCACCUAAAAAGGACACAAAUGUCACGACAGCAAUUAGAAUAUUAUCCAAAACAUCAUCAACGGCAACAACAGUGGACCCCUAUUAACGUUGAACAAUCGUAUACAAAGUCUUAUAAUCAAAAUUAUUCAUCCACAGCACAAAAUAUCGAAAGAAAUACAUUAGGAUAUUACAAUGAUAAUUUUGAAGAGAUUUCUGACUAUGAACAAAUUAGAGACGAAAAUGAUGUUUAUGCAGAACAAAAUAGAAAUGAUGACAAACAAAAGCAGCAACAAAGUUGUUGUAACUUAUUUAAGAAAGACAAUAUAUUGUCGCAUGUAUCUGAGGCAAAAGUUAACGGACAAAUUACUACAGAAUGUUCUCGUAGACCAAUCCGUUGUCCACGAAUUGAUUGUGCUAUAAACGUGGCUUUUUCAGCUUUAACACAUCAUUUCAUUUUCGAUCACCCGGAAGUGCCUAUUCUGAAUGUAGAACCAGGUAUUAAAAGUACGCUCAUCAUUAGUUUCAAGGCCUUAUCUCCCAAUUCUAGUCGAUGUCUGGCUCUACUUUUAGUUUCUGGUAAACUCUCAGAUCCUGUUGCAAGAUUAUUUAAUGGUAGUCAAAUCAACCCAAAAUAUCGAAAUCGUUUGCCACUACCAGUGUUAGCUGCUCGAUUACAUUAUACAGAUAAACACAUAUCUAAUGACAAAAUUGAUAAAAAGAAAGAUUUUCGUGAGAAAAACAUAGUUAUUGCUUGGGUUGCUGGACUGGACAUUGGAAACACAACAAACAAGCUUCUAUGUAGUAUUCAGGCUGUAGACAAAAUUGAUAAUGAUGGUUUGCGUUGCCUAACAUAUACAGGUCCAGUAAACUCAUUAAGGACAGCUCAAUGUCCUCAAGACAUUUUUUCAACAGGUGACUGUAUAGUUCUGCAUGAAGGUUUCCUCAGUCACAUUACAUCAGACUGUGCUACACUCAAUGUAAAUGUUACUGUACAUUAAAUAUAUUACAAAAGUGUAUAGAUAUACAAAAUAAAAUUC